UCCUCGGUGCGCGACCAGCAGGCGUGAUUGACAACAAACCAUACAUAGUCUUGUGUGCGUGUGUUCAUCGACAAACAUGCCUCCAAAAAAGAAAAAGGGGAAGGGAAAAGGGAAGAAAAAGAAGAAGGAUGAUGCCUCCUUAGAACUGGAAGACAAGUACAAAAAGACCAUGACUGAAAUAGAGGCGUUGAAAGAUCAUCUCGCGAUCCGCAAGGAGAUAGCAAGGAAAUCACAAUCUAUGGGUAACAUGAUGAAAUCUCGAAUGGCUGACGCACAGAAGGACAUGGAGGAACAUAAAGAGGACCAGAAGGCCAUCAAUUCAGAAAUGGCCCUAGCCUAUAAAAGCAUGCAGACCACACUCCAGCUGAAGGUCCACACACUCGACAUGAAACUUAUGCAGACAGAGGCCAAAUUAAAGGAAACAGAGAAGAAGCUAAGAGAGACAGAGGAUGAAAAGGAACGUAUCACAAGGGAAAAAGACGAGGAGAUAGAAAAGCUGAACCUCAAUAUACGAGUUAUGGAGAAGGAAUACAUCAGGAUUCUUGAUGAGUCGCUGAAUGCUCUCGUGACUAAGAUAGAUGGAGCCAAAAGUAAGUGGGAGAUGUCAGGAAGUAAUCUACAGGCAAGGAACAAACAAAACCUGUUGGAGCUUGGCCUUCAUCCUCUGGAUAUCUGAACCAACUUACCAAGACAAAA